AUAGCCAUGACACUCAUCUUGGUUCUUUCUUGUGCAUUAGUUGCAAUAUCCGCUUUUCCAACGGAUAUAGAUAUCCCAAAGGUCGAAUUAGAACAAACCCCAGAGGGAGUCUACAAACUAUUGGUAGACACGCCAAAUUACAUGAGAACGGAGGACCGGGACGAUGAAGGAAAAGUGACAGGACAAUAUACAGUCAUUGAUGAAGAUGGCAACAAGCAGUGGAUUAAAUACGAAGCUGGGAAGGACGGUUUUAGAAUCAUCGACGGCUCCUUACCAUCGGCUCCGACGGAUUUGGGCGUUCCUGUACCAGAACCAGCUGAACUUCUGGAACAACGCAAACUGCAUUUAGAGGCGUACGAAAGAUUGAAUCCAAAUUCAAGUUUCUACGUUCCAUUUAUGCCCAUUGCUAUCAACCUCACAGAAAUUUUCAAACCUGAGUAUUUGCCGAAACCUGUUGAAGAGACGCCUGAAGUUAAAGAAGCUAGGGAAAGAUUUUUAGCAGAUCAUGCUGCUAUUAAAAAACAUUUGGCUGAACAACAAGAACUUGCGGAACGAAUGAUUAAACAGCAGAAAUUGUUGGAGGAGCAAGCUCGACUAUAUGAAGAACAACUUUUGAAACAAGGUGGUUUGGGAAUUGCAUUUAACCCUGAAGGGCAAUUGCAGGAAGAAUUUGUUCCACAAUUAGGUAUUCAAGAAAGUGAUUUACAAGGAGAAUUGGAGGGCAGGUUAGUAUCUCAACCAGUUGCUUCGGAAUCUGAAAGAUCUUUUCUUAAUCCUCAACUUCUAAACGGGUUGGAAGAAAAUUUGAAUCAAAUACCAGUUAUUCCGGAGAAUGUUGUGGAGUCUGGUAUAGUACCAGAAGAAUUGACGGAAACAUUAAAUAAACAACCAAUUAUUCCGGAGGAUGAUAUAGCUAAUGGUUUUCUCCCCGAAGAAUAUUAUGCAAGAUUAGGUGAACAACCGAUUCUUGCAGAAGACAAAUUGAAUCCGCAACCACUUCCUUUGGAUAUUCAACCAGAAGAAUUGAAGGAAACAUUAAAUGAACAACCAAUCAUUUCGGAGGGUGGUGAAGCUAAUGGUUUCCUCCCCGAAAAAUAUAAUGCGAGAUUAGAUGAACAACCGAUUCUUGCAGAAGACAAAUUGAAUCCGCAACCACUUUCUUUGGAAAUUCAACCGGAAGAAUUGAAGGAAACAUUAAAUCAACAACCAAUUAUUUCGGAGGACGAUUUAGCUAAUGGUUUUCUCCCAGAAGAAUAUCACGCAGGACUAAGUGAACAACCGAUUCUUGCAGAAGACAAAUUGAAUCCCCAACCACUUCCUUUGGAAAUUCAACCGGAAGAAUUAAAAGAAACAUUAAAUCAACAACCAAUUAUUUCGGAGAGUGGUGUAGCUACUGGUUUGCUCCCAGAAGAAUAUUAUGCGAGACUAGGUGAACAACCGAUUCUUGCAGAAGACAAAUUGAAUUCGCAACCACUUUCUUUGGAAAUUCAACCCCAAGAAUUGAAGGAAGCUUUAAAUCAACAACCAAUUAUUUCGGACGGUGGUCUAGCUAAUGGUUUUCUCCCCGAAGAAUAUUAUGCAAGAUUAGGUGGACAACCGAUUCUUGCAGAAGACAAAUUGAAUCCGCAAUCACUUCCUUUGGAAAUUCAACCAGAACGAUUGAAGGAAACAUUAAAUCAACAACCGAUUAUUUCGGAGGGUGGUUUAGCUAAUGGUUUUCUCCCAGAAGAAUAUUAUGCAAGAUUUGGUGUACAACCGAUUCUUGCAGAAGGCAAAUUCAAUCCACAACCACUUCCUUUGGAAAUUCAACCAAUUUCUUUGCGACUGAUUCAAGAACAGGCUUUAAAAGUACGAUUGGCACUAGACAGGUUGUUGCAAGAAAGGGCUCUUUAUGAAAGAUUCCUGAGACAGAACGACGUAAUCGUUUAAAUUCAAACCAAUUCCGUUUUAUGUAAUUUUUUGAUAUUUUAAAAAACAACAAAAAUGAUUAUUUAUGUUUUUUUAAUCAAUUUAAUGUUAUUAAAUAUGUUGUUAAU